UCUAAUGUCGUUUUCGAUUGAGAACCUAGAAACUAACCCAGGUUAGUUGCUUCAAACGAACGUUUUUAAUGAAACUGAGUUGGGUUCUCGCCAAACAGCGGUGGUGUGAGCGAACCCGAAAUAUAUUUCAGGUUAGAACCCAACCCGGUUUUCAGUUCAGUGGCGCAUAACCUAGGUUGGAAACUGGCUUCAAACAAACGGUUUGACAGCAGUUAGGUCCGAAACUGAGUUAGUUUCUGCUUCAAGCGAAAACGACAUAAGCUGUCAGUCUGAUCGGGUUAUUGUUUUGAUUUCGUUCGGCUUUUUAAAAAGCUGGGUGAAGACCAGCCUGUGCUGAUAACUGUUUAAGCAGCAAAUAAUCCUCUUCAAAAUGACUCACGCAUUUAGUGAUAGGAACCAUCAGAUCGGCACAAUUGAGGGCCACCAGAAUGGCCCUCAUGGAUUGGGAGAUCCCGACGACAAACGCCUGCGAAAGGUCGAGGUUGAGGUUCUUAUUCCAAAAAUUAUGCGUGAACGAGCCAAAGUGGAAAAAUGUAAAGAUGUAGUCGCCGAAUUCGAAACCUGCUGCAAAGAUGCUGGCCUUCUAAUGGUAGUUAAAUGCCAGGAGCAAAACGCUGCUCUAAAAGCUUGCUCCCUGAGAUGGUACAAUGACGAGCAGUUCAAGUCGGAAUGUCGUGAUAUUUACCUCGAAGAACGUAGCGAGUUUAGGCGAACCGGUGUGCCUAAGAAAUAUCGGAAUUUGGACCCUGUCCAAUAGAUACUUUAUUGUGUGUUGCUUUUGAAAUGUAUUUACCAGUUGAAUAAACUAGUUCUUAACCUA